CGGUCGGUCGGUCAUCUCGCACCGUUUGGCGACCCAAGGCCGGCGAGGACGCCACCGGGGUGGGGCGGGCGGUGUCCCAGUAUAAAUGCUCAGGAAUGAGACUGGCUCAACAUCUUCCACACUCAAACUCCUAGCAAACAACAUGAAGGCUUUCCUGGUUAUCUCCGCCCUCGUGGCCGCCUGCAGCGCCGCUCCCGCCAACCUUUUGGCCGCCCCUUGGGCUAGCCCCCUGGCCUACAAUGGUCUGGCCUACAAUGGUUUGGCCUACAACGGUCUGGCCGCCCCUCUGGCCUACAACGGACUCGCCGCCCCUCUGGCCUACGCCGCCCCCAUCGAAGACGGACAGUACAGGACCGGCCUUUUGGACAGCGCCAUCGACCUCCGCGGCCAGUACUACCCGGAAGCCGAGAAGUACGUCGCUGACAACGAGGGAGCCUACCAGGCCGACGAUGAGGGUGCUUACAAGCCCGACGCCGAGGGCAGAUACAUCGCCGAUGACGAGGGUGCCUACAAGCCCGAUGCUGAGGGUGCCUACGACGCCGCCUCCGCCCACGCCAAGGAGGCCCUGUCCGAGGACGGAUCCUACAAGGGCGAGCCCCUGCACACCGCCAUCGCCUCCGGCAUCGUCAAGCCCGUCGCCUAUGCUGCCGCCCCCAUCGCCGCCCCCCUCGCCUACGCCGCCGCUCCCGCCGUCCGCACCAUUGCCGCCCCCUGGGCCUUCAACCAAGCCUACAACCCUCUGGCCUACCACGCCCCCGCUGUUCUCUCCCUCAAGUAGAUCUGCAUUAAUUCGUUCGGCACAGCCCAACUGAUUGAACAACACCCUUAAUUAUGUUAGAUGAUUUGAUGGAUGAAUGAGAGAGAUGCCUGCUCGGGGAAGCCUGCGUGACCCGCGCGAUUACUGCCUUUAUUUGCACUUCUCAACUGCUUGCCACUUUCAAUGUCAACCGAUAACCUGUUUGAUUUGAAUGUUUUGGCGACCAAUGUCAGUCAUAUGUUCCCCUUUGAAUAAAGCCAGUAGUCGUGUUUUGACUGUGGAAAAGUAAUUUA